AUGGCACUCAACGCACCAGGUAUUAUAUUGCGGCGAGCCACCGACGAAGGUGAAGACGUGGCCGAUUUUCACAACAACAGGCUGCAAGAGGGUUGGAAAGAAUGGCCCAAUGAAGCUGGUUUUGAAGGCCUCGAAGAACAUCGUGGUCCCAUUGCGCUGAAAGUUCAGGGCUCGAUUCCUGAAUGGGCCGCCGGCUCUCUUUACCGCACCGGGCCCGGCCAGAGUUCCGUUGAGACCGAUUCUAAUGGCACUUACAACAUUAGUCACUGGUUUGAUGGCCUGGCUCACAGCCACAAGUUUGACAUAGUCCCGCCCGCCGCACCAGGCGGCCAGACAUCAGUCAUGUAUUCUUCUCGGCGACAAUCCGAGAGACUGGAGCAACACAUCAAAAAAAGGGGAAAACGAGGCUCUCCCUCAUUUGGCCAGCGCGCUGAUCCUUGCAUGGGAAUUUUCUCAAAGGCAAUGGGCGUCUUUGCUCCCCGUGAUCAAUACAACAACAACGUCGUGCUGGUGCCCAACUUUCCCAGCAUCGACAAGGAACGCAAGCCAGCAAAAGAGACUGGUCAUCGCCCUGAUCUUGAUAAUCUCUACAUUACCACAGACACAGCUGGCUUGCAGAAGAUCGAUCCGCAAACUCUGGAGCCACUGGGCUAUACGGAUCAGUCGAGUUUGCACCCAGACCUCAAAGGCCCGCUCUCAUGCGCACACGCACAGCGGGAUCCCGAAAACGGCGACCUGUACAACUACAAUCUCGAAUUUGGCCGCUUUGCGACAUACCGCUUUUUUCGCGUCAGUGCCGCCACAGGCAAAACAGAUGUCUUUGCUACGGUAUCGGAGCCCGGACUGGCCCCAGCCUACAUUCACAGCUUCUUUCUGACGCCCAGCUACAUGGUGCUGUGCAUCCCAACUACCCAUCUUGCAUGGAACGGUCUCAAGAUUCUAUGGGAACAGAGUGUUCUUAGCUCCAUAAAGCCGUUUGACGAGAAUAAUCAGUGCCGCUGGUUAGUCGUCGAUCGCAGAGGUGACCGUGGCGUCGUUGCCCGCUUUUCUACGCCGGCAUCCUUCUUCUUCCAUUCCGUCAAUGCUUUUGAAGAGGAGAUUCAAGAUGAAAACAAUGAAAGGCGUACUGAUAUCUCGCUCGAGUACGUUCGCUACGACAACACAGACAUCCUCAAGAGUUUGUACUACGACGUUGUCACAGAUCGAGACGACGCAGCCAAGAAAUUUUUCUUCACAGAUGAGCGUUACAAGAAAGGGCACGCCCGUCUUGUUCGGUACCGCUUCCGCCUACCACAUCAUGAUACACCACAGACCAAGCAAGAAGCCGAGACUGCUGCUGGUGAAGAGGUGGUCUCAAUCCCGGCCCCGCACGCAGGCGACCUACCCAUAAUCAACCCGCAUAUGGCGCACAAGCCUCACCGCUACGUGUACGCCGUUUCGAGUCGCGGUAUCAGCUCUUUCAUGGACUGUCUCGUCAAGACGGACGUGCAGACGCGCGAAGCCCUCCUCUGGCGCGGCGACAAGGGCCACACCCCCGGCGAGCCCAUAUUUUUAGAGCGGCCGGGAGCGACGGAGGAAGAUGACGGAGUGCUGCUGAGCGUGGUACUGGACGGGGUGUCCAAGACAUCGUAUCUGCUGUGCCUGGACGCAAGGUCGUUGGAGGAGCUUGGAAGGGCAGAGGCAGACUUUCCGAUCGGGUUUGGGUUCCACGGACAUCACCAGCCGAUAAAGCGCUGA